UCGCAACGUUUGCAUUGGCGGCCGUCCUAGAAGGGCAUGGCUUACAACAACCAUGAGGAGGAGGAGGAAGGCAGCAGUCCAGCCGCACCGAUUAAAGCGCUAAGAGCUCCGGUUCCAGCUCCUGCUCCUGCUCUCAUCUCCGAGUGGAAGGUCGCCUCGUUUCGCCGCCGCUGCUCUUCUUCCUCGCCGGCAGAAAUCACGUGGAAGGCUGGCUCCUUUCCCAGUCUCCGCGAUCGCAGUAGCGGCGUGGCUAUUUUAAAGUCAACCCCCCCCCCACCUCUCUCUCUCUCUCUCCGCCAGGGAGUUCCUCCUAGGUCCGGGACCCGUCUCAGUUUCCAACCUCCGGCUCCCAGGCAAUAAAGGUUAUACUCGUUAGGCGCUUUGCGCGCGCGCACGUGUCCGGGGUAAAAGCGGCGGAAUUCGCCUUGCAGGAUUUCGCCUUCUGAGGCGGAACACCCCGUUUUCCCGCUACCUCCCCGCUCCUUCCCUUCAAUCCCUACCUAAGGCUGCCUCGGGGUAAUGGAUUCCCGAGCGUGAACUAUUAAACGGCUUCUGGCAAGUUAUGCUUGCUGCCUGCCAUGCGAUUGUGAGCUGCCUGUCUUGAAUGAAACGCGCCCGGCGGCAGAGAAGGGAGCCAAACUGAGGAGGAAGGAAAAAAAGAAAAAAGAAAGAAAGAAAGAAAUCCAGGACGCGUCUCUUUUCUCUACUCCCAAGUUUUCAGUUCAGCCGCCUCGAGAUGGAUGAGGAUGGGAUUCACCUCCACAGAUUGCCCCGCGCGUCGUACCCUGACGGUUCAUUUCCUGGGGUGGAGUUUCUCCCAGAAAAUUUCAGAGAUGCUUCUAAUGAAACAACAAUGAGGAUGAAUGAGAAAUACUCCACAUUACCUGCCGAGGAGAAGGGAAUCCACAUCAUCAACAUCAGAGCUAUUGAAGACAUCGGCUAUGUUCGCACAGAAAGUACGCUAUUAAAUUCAUUCUCACAAGAUCCAGAUGCCAACUGCAAAUACGGACUUUUUUUUAGAGAUGGCAAAAGAAAAGUGGAUUAUAUUCUGGUUUACCACUACAAGAAGUCCUCAUUUAGUAGGACACUCACUCGGCGAAUCCAUUUCAAUGAUUUGGGGCCUCGAAGCGUUAAGCAAGAUAAACCACUUCCUGGAAAAGGAGGAGAGCUUAGCAUGGAUGAAAGUGCACCUCACAUAGAUUAUCAUGAAGAUGACAAGAGAUUCCGCAGAGAAGAGUAUGAAAGCAACCUUAUGCAGGCUGGCCUUGAGCUGGAAAGAGAUGAAGAUACAAAAAUACAUGGUCUUGGAUUUAUAAAAAUUCAUGCUCCUUGGAAUGUUUUGUGCCGCGAAGCAGAGUUUAUGAAACUGAAGAUGCCCACAAAAAAGGUGUAUCAAAUUCAUCAACCUCAUGGCCUUUUGAAAAAGAUCAAUUCUGUAAUCCAAAAAAUAACAGAACCCAUUCAGCCUAAAGUGGCAGAACAUAAGCAUCAGACAGUGAAACGACUUUCCUAUCCUUUCUCAAGGGAGAAGCAACACUUGUUUGACCUCUCUGAUAAAGACUUCUUUUUUGAUAGCAAAACUAGAAGUACCAUAGUUUAUGAAAUACUGAAAAGAACUACAUGCACCAAAGCCAAGUAUAGCAUGGGGAAAGGAGAGGGAAGAAAGAAGGACACUACCCUUUUAAAUAAAAGACGAAAAUGUGAUAAAUAUGGGAUCACAAGUCUACUUGCCAAUAGUGUUUACAGUGCUGCAUAUCCUUUGCAUGACGGUGAUUAUGAAGGUGAAUAUAUUGAGCCUAAUGACAGAAAACUCCUGUGUGAAGAAUGGGCAAGUUAUGGAGUAUUUUAUAAAUAUCAACCAAUUGACUUAGUUAGAAAGUACUUUGGUGAAAAGAUUGGACUAUAUUUUGCCUGGCUGGGAGUUUAUACACAAAUGCUCAUUCCAGCUUCUAUUGUGGGAAUUAUCGUGUUCCUUUAUGGUUGUGCAACUGUUGAUGAGAAUAUACCAAGCAUGGAGAUGUGUGACCAGAGAAACAAUAUCACCAUGUGCCCCUUAUGUGACAGAACAUGUAGCUAUUGGAAAUUAAGCUCUGCUUGUGCCACUGCUCGAGCUAGCCAUCUUUUUGAUAAUCCAGCCACUGUCUUCUUCUCAGUCUUCAUGGCUCUCUGGGCUGCUACCUUUAUGGAACACUGGAAGAGAAAACAGAUGCGUCUGAAUUACAAAUGGGAUCUUACUGGUUUUGAAGAAGAAGAAGAUCACCCACGAGCUGAGUAUGAAGCAAAAGUAUUAGAAAAAUCUCUCAAGAAAGAAUACAGAAAUAAAGAGAAGGGCCAGCAAUUGCCAGAAGAGGCAGCUAACAAAUGGCGACAAAGAGUUAAGAGAGUCAUGGCUGGGAUGAAAUUGACUGAAAAAGAAAAACUGACAUGGAAAGAUCGUUUCCCAGCAUACUUCACAAAUUUUGUGAGCAUUAUUUUCAUGAUUGGUCUGACAUUUGCUAUUGUUUUUGGGGUUAUUAUAUACCGAAUCUCCACUGCAGCAGCUUUAGCCAUCAGCUCCUCUCCAGGAGGCAGGUCAAAUGUUAGAGUAACGGUCACAGCCACUGCAGUAAUUAUUAAUCUGGUGGUGAUAAUAAUCUUGGAUGAAGUAUAUGGCUGCAUAGCUAGAUGGCUGACUCAGAUUGAGGUUCCAAAGACAGACAAAAGUUUUGAAGAACGACUUAUCUUCAAGGCCUUUCUUCUGAAAUUUGUUAAUGCUUACACUCCCAUUUUCUACGUUGCUUUCUUCAAGGGCCGAUUUGUUGGACGCCCAGGCGAUUAUGUCUACAUUUUUCGUUCUCUUCGAAUGGAAGAGUGUGCUCCUGGUGGUUGCCUGAUGGAAUUGUGUAUACAACUUAGCAUUAUAAUGUUGGGCAAACAGCUGAUUCAGAAUAAUCUUUUUGAAAUUGGCAUCCCGAAAAUGAAAAAAUUUAUAAGGUACUUGAAGCUGAAACGACAAAAUCCUGUAGAUUAUGAAGAGCAUAUGAAGAAAAAACAGCGUUAUGAAGUAGACUAUAAUCUGGAACCUUUUGCAGGACUUACUCCAGAAUACAUGGAAAUGAUAAUCCAAUUUGGUUUUGUAACCCUGUUUGUUGCAUCCUUCCCAUUGGCUCCCUUGUUUGCAUUGCUAAACAAUAUCAUCGAAAUACGUCUGGAUGCAAAGAAAUUUGUCACUGAACUUAGGAGGCCAGUUGCCGUGAGAGCUAAAGAUAUAGGGAUAUGGUAUAAUAUCCUCAGAGGGGUAGGAAAAUUGGCUGUGAUCAUAAAUGCAUUUGUGAUCUCAUUCACAUCUGACUUCAUUCCACGCCUCGUGUACCUGUAUAUGUACAGUGAGAGUGGCACCAUGCAUGGCUUCGUGAACCAUACACUAUCCUAUUUUAAUGUCAGCGAUUUUCAAAGAGGAACUGCUCCAAAAGAUGAUAUGGAGCUUGGCUAUCCAGUGCAAAUAUGCAGAUACAAAGAUUAUAGAGAACCUCCAUGGUCUGAAAAUAAAUAUGACAUUGCAAAAGAUUUUUGGGCUGUGCUUGCAGCAAGAUUAGCAUUCGUAAUAGUGUUUCAGAAUUUGGUUAUGUUUAUGAGUGACUUUGUUGACUGGAUUAUUCCAGACAUUCCCAAGGACAUUAGUCAGCAGAUUCACAAGGAGAAAGUUCUCAUGGUGGAAGUCUUCAUGAAAGAAGAGCAAGGAAAGCUGCAGCUGCUAGAAAACUGGAGGGACAAGGAUCAAAGGAGAAGUGAAAACUGUAACAGUCACAGUCCCAGGGCAUCAAUGAGCCAUAGAGGGAGUGUGUCUUCCUGUCACUCAUGCCAUGUUGAGGUAUAGAAGAAGACAAUGUUUUACACUGGGGCAUUCCAUUCAUAAAGCAGCCGAUAUUUACAUGAUAGAACUUCAUACUUUAACAACCUGGUGCAUGUUUAAGCAUAUGCGACUGUUUUGCUUAUAUCUAUGUGAGAAAUAAUGUUCUUAAGAACAGGGAGGACCAUAUUCUAUUUCUGACAAGUUUUCUUUUUUUAAUUUUCUUUCCUUUUUUGCACAAAAAUAAUGCAGGGAUUUUUAUAUAUAUAUAUAUAAAUAGAUAGGUAACUUGCAUAGUUAGCUUAGAGCUAUCACUGUUUUAUUUUUUAAAAGGAGAUAGGAUUCUGUAGACUCUUCUCUGAGAAUUUUAUAUUAGCAUAUUUAUUAAAAUAGGAUAAAAUGUAUGAACCAAACGACAAGUAUUGGAAUAAUAAGCCCCCCCAUUUCUGAUAAGCUACAUCUGGGUUUUUGCAAUAUGCAAAUAAUAAUAAUAAUAAAUACUAUACUGUGGAGUGCUUUUUGCAAGGCUGUGGCAACAGAGCUCUGACUUUAAUCUGCUGACUUUUUUUACAAGCAGAAAUCCUGUUGAGGUUCCUUGAUGAUACGUUGCUGCAUUUUCUCCUAAGUGAAUGCAGUAGCAAGAAUAUUUUGUUUUCCAUUUGAGAUUCUUGCCUCAAUUCAUCACUUCCAUCCUCAUUUCAUUUACUCUAGUGAAUUGAAUAGUCAGACUCAAAUCAAUGUAAUCUUAGUCUCAACACUAAUGAGGGCAAAUCACUUUACUGUCUUUCAUAUCUUCUUCUAUGAAAGAUGAGUAACUUGUGGAAGGGCAUUUAGUUUAGUAAUUCAAAGUGUCUAGUGCACAUCCCAGAGGGGGAUUUCAAUGAACACGAAGAAUAUUAGCAUCAGCACAAUUUCCCCAAACACUGAAGGACCUUUGAAGAAAAAGUGUCCUGAGUUAAGAGCACACACAGAGACAAACACACACACACACAAAUACUAGCAAAUUGCACUGCCCACCACAAACCUGGAAUCUUAGUUGCUGAAGGAACACAUUAAAUAUAUGUAUUCUCAAUUAUGUUUCUAUGUCACCUUUGCUCAGUAAAGCCAACAUACUACAUUUAAAGACAUUACAUCUUUCCAAAACAAUGAAUGUGAUUCUGUCAUUUCACUGGCCAUAAUCUCUUAUACAUUAAGUAAUUUGGCUGAGCAGCUCAUUUCUAAAUAUUAUUCUUUUUUCAUAUUUACAACUUCUCUGCCUUUUGCAAGUUUGAUUCAUUUGUCUCGCUCUCUUUCACAUUGAAAUGGUCAAAGAGUUUAUUUGAGCACCAUUCCAGUGAAAUAUGGGUCUUUCUUUCUUUCUUUCUUUCUUUCUUUCUUUCUUUCUUUCUUUCUUUCUUUUUUUCUUAAUAGGUAUCAUAUUAUAGAGGUUAUAAGAUAUGAGUAUCAUGGAGCCAGUACAGACAUGUGCAGUACAGACAUGUCCUCUCAUAAUACUAGUGUCAUUUUACGAAAAUUGAUCAGGAGCAAAUUCAGAACAGAAAAAAAGUAAAUGUGGUGCCACACAAUCCACAAUUACCAAAUUAUGUCUUUUAAAAGAGAUGAUACCAUCUACUGAGAAUAGAUUAAUAAAUGAAUAGUAAAAUAGUUGGUGCAAUUGUUCAGACAGUACAGGAAAUUAAUGUAGCAGAUAUGCAACAAUGUAAAGUUAUUACUUUUAUGCAUUGCUAGUAAAUUGCAUGGAAAUAUUUUGAAGGUGCUAGCUGUGAUCCACUAGUGAUAAUGUUAAAUUAUGAUAACAGUCAGAUGAGUGGCAUUUUAUUCUUCUUUCUUUUUAGGGUUUUUUUAAAAAAAUUCAGAUAAGAUUAAAAAUGAGGAAGUGAAAAGGGUUAGCAGAAUUAAGAACAUUUCAGUUCGCUUCAAAGGAAGGUUCUCCUGUGCCCAUCACUAGUUGCUGGACAUCCAAAUAUGCAAAUGAAAAGGUGAAUAGUAUGGAUUUCCAAUGAAGCCUAGCUUUAUUUUUCCUCUUCAAAUAGCUAAAUAUUUUAAUUCAAUUUAAUUCAAUUUAAUUUAAAUUGUUUUGGAAGGAUAAUGGAGGAGUAAUUUAUAAUCUUUGCAAUCUUAAAAAAAACAGUAGAACAAUUCAAGGAGACCAAGGUAGAAAUGAAUGUUACAGAAAACCAGCAAGCCAUGGUGGUGAACAGAGAAAACAAAUACAUUACAGAUUUUGAUAUACCAAAGUUUUUCCUGGAAAGUCAUGGAACCUAUGAACAGCAAUCCAGUGACUGUGUGUCAGUGAAUCCUAAGACUUGCCAUAACAGCAUAUUGUAAUGCAGUUCUGAGCAUAUCAAAGUCCAGCCAAAACAGAAAUAAAUCCUGGUAAAGGUAGCCCUUCAAACUAAUUUUCACUUUAAAAGUUGCCCUUAUAUCAGCAAACCAAGGUAGAAGAAGGAAUCCACAGGACCUUGACUGUUGAUAUGGAUGGCAAAUACGAACCAAUCUAUACAUGACAUGGCUCUCAUCAGGUCCGACAGUCAUAUUUGUAUGUUUCAUAGUUUGCCCUUGUCUCUUUAAAAUAGUUUCAACUGGGAAGUUGUAUGACUUUCAUUAUGUAUAAAAGUAUAUAUAUGCUUUUUGUAUUCAGAAUUUUUCAGAUACGUUAUAUUGUUGAAAAAGUUGAUGAGAUGCAGGUGUAUCAUGGACAGAUAUAUAAAUAUCUUCAUUGUCUUCCUGAGAAAAAUCAGCAUGCAGUAUUUGCUUCUUCAUUCAGGCUGAAAGUCCAGCAGUAUCUAUUAGACUCUUGACAGGAAUCAUCUGAUUUGAGAAAUGAAGGAAUAGGGAAAAUCAAUUAGUUAUCACUAUGCAAUCUGCACAUACUCUGGUUCUGCCAAACUUUUGAAAACAAACAGCACUGUUGACAGGGUCUAGGCGCCCAAGGAACAUGACAACCUUCCUUCCAAGGUAAUCCAAGAGGCAGAUCUGGAUUAUAAACCCAAAACCUGGAAGACCAUUCAGUUACAGCUAGUAUAUCAAUCCCUUUGCAUAGGAUAAAAAACAGAGCAUCCUUGGAGUCACACUUUGACACUAUGCAGCUUUCUUGCAGUAGUACUGAAGUGGAUUGCCACUGCCAUCUUCUGGGAUGAUUUUUGGAUUUGGGUUUUUUCAACAUUCAAGUCUAGGUUGUAGCCCUACUAUUUGUGGAUGCUCUCCCAUCAAAGUCCAGGUACCUUGGCGAGGUUCUUAGGAGCAGGGUAAUUAACUGCUGAAAACAUAAUGAUCAAAAGAGAGAUAAGCCAAUGAAGGUUUUAGAAAUCAAAAUCAGAAUUAUAGAUACCAGCGUAGUGUGCGUGUUCCUUGACAGUCCAUCUGUUCAGUCUUACCUACCGUAUAUACUCGAAUAUAAGCCGAUCCGAGUAUAAGCCGAGGUCCCCAAUUUUACCCCAAAAACUGGGGUAAACUGGGGACUCGAGUAUAAGCCGAGGGUGGGAAAUGAGGCACCUACCGGUUGGGGAAAGCCUCCCUCCCUCAGCUGAGAAGGCUGGCGG